ACCAAAGUCCACAUCUGAUCGCCAUAAAUUUUCGUUUCGAUACCUUGUCCUCUAUUCUAGUUUUUCUUCGACUCCUUGUGUCGUUUGUACUGAUAGCACCCCUUAUGCAGAGUGAAGAAAUGGCUGCUGAAGUUGAAAGAAUGCCUGAGGCUGACAACAAGUCUUUCACGACUCGUCUGUGGGAAUUGCCUGUAGCUUUAGCUGCAGUUAAUCAACUCUCAGAAAUUUACUCUGCUGUGAAGGAGCGAAAUUGUGUCACCAGAAUGGCUUGUAAUGCCGGUGAAAAAACGAUUGAUAUGGCGAAUUCUGCUUCGAAGCCUAUCAUUCAGGCAGCCAGCACCUGCUCGCUGUCUAAACCCAUCGUUGGAACAGUUGAAUGUGCUGCUGCAACCAUUGAUCGUGUGGCCUCGGGAACACUGGCUAUAGUGGAAGAGAAGUGUCCCAUUAUAACCAAAACUCCCACUGAGAUCAAGACCUCUGUUACUGAUACUGCCUCAGAGUACUAUGACAAAGUACAGAAGAGCUGUAUGGUAAAGAUGUUAGUUUCAAAGACAGAGCAAGCCUUGGACUUUGGUGAAUUGAUUACUGAACUAGCAUUGCCAACAGAUGGUUACUGUGGAGAAGACAUGAAUGAUUUGCAGUUGGAAUUUGACGACAGUAACAAAGGAGUUGUGUCAAGAGCCUACAAGCUGAAGAAAAGGCUGACCCGCAGAGGAAAGAGGAAACUGCUGUCCUACAAGCCUGUGCAGAUGAGUGUUGAUGCGUGUUCAAGUGUGCAAGGAUGCACAAGUGAGUUGCUUGAAAUGUCAACUGAUGCUGGCAAGAAGGUUUUCAAAGCAACCAUGUACAUCCCAAACAUGGCUCUUGGUCUGACGGGUGAUGUGAUUGUCUCGGCAAAGGAAUUGGUUUUUUCUCUUACUAAGGCCCACCCUGUGCAAGAAAUGCCUGCUACUGUGACAGGGUUGAUGACAAGAGCAGUUCAACCUAUCUGUGAUGCAAAAGAUAAACUUUCUGGCUACCUCUUUGUCCCUCCACAUGUGAUGACCGGUUACCUCCUCACUUCUCGCCCUGUCCAGUGGAUCAUACCCCACAUUGUUGCAGUGGAAGACCUGCAGAAAAUGCAAAUUGUGGUCGGAGAAAAUGAGGACUCUGCAGAAUCGGAGGAAUAUGAAAAUGAGAAAGAUUCAUCUUGAAAUUAUUGACUUUGUUGAAAGAAAUAUGUUAACUUAUAAAGCACAUCACAUCUAUAUGAAAUGUAGUAUUCAUCUAUUUGAAAUGUAGUAUUCAAGUGCCUAAAUAAUUUAAAUCAAUUGUUAGUAAGUGCGGUAUAUUUCGUUUUUCCUUCAAAAGGCCCAUAUCUCAGGUCUUCCACUGUCUUUAUUAUGAUUUAUUUUUAAUUUCUCUGAACUGUUGAAUUUCAGAUUUGGUAUUUUCAUAUUGGCCUGUGAAUGAAUAUGAGCAAAUGAACAAUAGUUUCCUUUCUUUCCUGACUAGAUUACUGUUAGCCAUGAAGUGUUAAAUCAGUUUACAAAAGUAGCAUUUAAGUUAAAACAAAUUUAUUGAACUGUUUUAUUUUAGAUUUGACUACUUGAUCAAGUUGGUGAUGGUCACAAAAGUUAUUCUUUGAAGAUUUUGUUUUGUAUGAAAUCAAAGAUUUAUGGCCUUAACAUUAUGUUUAGAGUAGAUGAGUGUAGUGGAAGAGCAGCAAUAAAAUUUUUAUUGUAACCAUU